AUGAAACGGAGUAACGAAGCUGAAUAUAAUAAUAAUAAGCGGUCCGUGUUGAUGGGGAAGCAGAUAUUGCAUGUUUCUCCUUCUCCUCUUCUCUCCAAGACUAAUUACAUUUCCGACGCUGUAGAUAUAUCAGAAGAAUCAGAGGUCAGUGGUUCUGACAAAGAAGACAGCUCCUGGAUUUCUAUGUUCUGUAACCUUCGUGGGAACAAAUUCUUAUGUGAAGUCGAUGAUGAUUACAUCCUAGAUGACUACAACUUGUGUGGACUCAGCCAUCAAGUUCCUUACUACGACUAUGCUCUCGAUUUGAUUCUCGAUGUAGAAGAAUCUUCUUCUUCUCGUGGUGAGAUCAUUACAGAAGAACAUAACGAGUUGAUUGAGUCUGCAGCCGAGAUAUUAUAUGGAAUGAUUCAUGCUCGUUACAUAUUGACAGGUUUAAAAAAAUACAACAACUAUGAUUUUGGAAGAUGUCCAAAACUUUAUUGUCGUGGCCAACCUUGUUUACCUGUUGGCCUAUCCGAUAUCCCUCGAGCAAGUACCGUCAAGAUAUAUUGUCCUAAAUGUGAAGAUGUGUAUUACCCGCCAUCAAAAUACGAAGCAAAUAUAGAUGGAGCUUACUUUGGGACAACAUUUUCACAUCAGUUUAUGAUGACUUAUGAAUUUAUAAGGCCAGAAACGGUAUCGCAAAGCUAUGUUCCAAGAGUGUUUGGGUUCAACUUACACAAGCCGUGAAGGGAAAAAGGUAAAACGGAAGACCGAA